AUGGAGAAGAGAGUGUGUGUCAUCCAGACAGACUUCCGUCAGUACAGACCCAUCAUCGCCAUCCACAGCAAGCCACUGGCACACGUUGGGUCUCUGUCGCUGCAGCAGUGUACUCAAGCUCAGACUCAGACCCAGGAGGCAGGGAUGAGGGAGAGAGAGGAGCUGAGGAGGGCUAUAGAGCAGAGCGACCGUCUGCUAGCCAGGGUGCAAGAGCUGGAGGAACAGAACACACAACUCGGCAAGGACAAGAAUGAGGUGGCCGCUAAAUACAGAGCUGAGCAGGAGUGUGCCCAGGCGUCAGAUCACCGUUGUGCCCAGCUGGAGAAGGCCCGGCGUGGGCUGGAGCUGCAGCUCUCUGGCCUAUCUGAGCGCCUGGAGGAGGAGGAGGCGUGCUCGACCCAGCUGGCCCACCACAGAGAGAGGCUGGAGGCAGAGAACAGCAGCCUCAGACGAGACCUGGAGGAACUGGAGAGUGCUCUGACUGCCACCGAGAGAGACAAACAGUCUUCAGACGGCUCAGUCAGGAAGCUGUCAGAGGAGCUGUCCCAGAGAGAGGAAGCUGUCCAAAAGCUUCAGAAGGAGAAAGAACACCUGGUGGAGCUCAGCCAGCAAGCCAUUGAGGAUCUGCAGAGCGAGGAGGAGAAGGUGAACCUCCUGACCAAGGAGAGGGCAAAGUUACAGGUGCAGGCGGAAGAUUUGGAGUACCUGUUAGAGCAGGAGCGGCGUCAGCGUGGGGAGCUGGAGAAAGGCAGGAGGAAGCUGGAGGGAGACAGCAGGUCCACUCUGGAGAGCCUCACUGAGAUGGAGAGGAUGAGGAGCAGCCUGGAGGAACUCAUGAAGGAGAGAGAUGUGGAGAUAACCAGCACCAGUACCAAGCUGGAGGCAGAAGAGGCCCUAAACAUCAGCCUGCAUAGGAGGAACAAGGAGCUGCAGGUCCGUAUCGAGGAGCUGGAAGAAGAACUGGAGACAGAAAGAACCAUGAGAGCCAAGGUGGAGAAGCAGAGAGCUGAUCUGACCAGAGAACUGGAUGACCUCACUGACCGACUGGAGGAGGCAGGGGGAGCCACAGCUUCACAGAUUGAAGUAAAUAAAAAGCGGGAGGCGGAACUCCAGCGUCUGAGGAGGGACUUGGAGGAGUCUUCUAUCCAAUCAGAGGCCCUAGCUGCGUCUCUAAGGAAGCGUCAUGGUGAUGCGAUGGCAGAGCUGGGAGAGCAGUGUGAGAGUCUACAGAGGACCAGGGCCAAGCUGGACAAGGAGAAACAGAGUCUACGCAUGGAGCUGGAGGACCUUGCUGCCUCACUGGACACCAUGCAGAAAGUCAGGGUGUCGACAGACAGCCAGCUGAGGAAGCUGGAGGAGCAGCUCUCUGAGGCCAACACCAGAGGAGACGAUCUGCAGAAAGCCCUGACUGAGGUCAACGUAGCUAGGAACAGACUCACAGCUGACAACACAGACCUGGCCAGACAGCUGGAGGAGGCAGAGAGCAGAGCCAGCCAGGUCUGUCGCUCCAAGACCCUGAUUGUGACCCAACAUGAAGACAUCAAGAAACAGAUGGACGAGGAGCUCAAGUCUAAGCUGGCCCUGGCCAGCAGUCUGGCAGGGCUGCGUCAGGAGUGUGAGGUGUUGAAGGAACAGCUGGAGGAGGAGCAGGAGAGCAAGCUGGAGCUGCAGCGCUUCAUCUCCAAACUCAACACCGAGGUCACACAUUGGAGGACCAGACAUGAGGCGGACGCCAUACAGCACUUGGACGAACUGGAGGAGACCAAGAAGAAGCUGGCGUCUCGGCUCCAGGAGGCUGAGGAGGCGGUGGAGGCCACCCAGGCUAAGUGCUCCUCUCUGGAGAAGACCAAGCAGAGACUACAGGGAGAGGUGGAGGACCUCUGUAUAGACAUGGAGAAGGCUAGUAAUUGUGGCCAGGCGCUGGAUAAGAAACAGCGCAUCUUGGAGAAGCAGCUGGGUGACUGGAGGCAGAAGUGUGAGGAGCUGGUGUUGGAGGUGGAGGGUUGUCAGAAGGAGAGCAGACAGCACGCCACGGAGCUCUUCAAACUGAAGACGGCCCAUGAAGAGGCUCUGGAACAGGGAGAUGCCCUACGCAGAGAGAACAAGGCCUACCAGGAGGAGAUAGUUGACCUGACUGACCAGCUCUCGGAUGGAGGCAAGAGCGUCCACGAGCUGCAGAAGACGAAGAAGAAGAUAGAGAUGGAGAAGGAGGAGCUGCAGGCCUCAUUGGAAGAGUCUGAAGCUGCCUUAGAGGCUGAGGAGACCAAGGUGCUGCGUCUGCAUCUGGAACUGUCCCAGGCUAAAGGAGACAUGGAGAGGAGACUCCAGGAGAAAGAGGAGGAGUUUGAGGCAGCAAGGAAGAGCCACCAGAGGGCGCUGGAGUCCCUUCAGGCCAGUCUGGAUGUGGAGGUUAAAGGUCGUGGUGAGGGGUUGAGGGUGAAGAAGAAGCUGGAGUCUGACCUAAAUGAGCUGGAACUACAGGUGGACCUGUUCACCAAGAACAACAUAGAGCUCACCAAGAACACAAAGAAGAUGCAGCAGCAGAUCAAGGAACUGCAGGGCCAAUUGGAGGAGGAGGUGCGUGGGCAGGAGGAGCGGAGGGAGGAGCAGGCCGUGUUGGAGCGACGCUGCCUCCUGCUGGUGAGCGAGGGAGAGGAGACACAUGGGGCGCUGGAGAACGCUGACAGACAACGCAAAACCUUAGAGAUUGAGCUUACAGAGACCAACGAGAAGUACAACGACCUCAACAACCAGUUCCAGUCAGCGCUGAGUGGUAGGAGGAAACUGGAUGUGGAUUUACAGGCACUGCAGCAGGAGCAUGAGGAGCUGCAGAACGAACUGAGAGGAGCCAAUGACAAGAUCAAGAAGGCCAACUGUGAGGGAGCACGUGUGUCAGAGGAACUGAGGUUAGAGCAGGACCACACCCUGCACAUGGAGCGGGUGAAGAAGGGUCUGGAGGCCCAGUUAAAGGACAUGGGCACCAGGCUGGACGAGGCUGAGCAGAUGGCCCUCAAAGGAGGCAAGAAGAUCAUCCAGAAACUGGAGGGCAAGGUAAAGGAGCUGGAGUUGGAGCUGGACUCGGAGCAGAAGCGUCACGCUGAGACGGUGAAGACGCUGCGUAAGAACGAGCGUCGUCUGAAGGAGCUGCUGUUCCAGUCCGAGGAGGACCAGAAGAACCAACACCGCAUGCAGGAACUUGUGGAGAGACUCCAGAACAAGAUGAAGGCCUACAAGAGACAAGUAGAGGAGACGGAGGAGCAGGCCAACAUGAACCUCGCUAAGUACAGGAAGACAGUACAUGAGUUGGACGAUGCUGAAGAAAGGGCAGACAUCGCUGAGUCAGCCCUCACCAAGAUCAGGACCAAGAACCGCGGUAGCUUCAGCAAGGGAUACUCGUCUGGUUACAGCACGCCGUACCCCGGGGGGAUCGUGAGGUCACCCAGUUCCGUGGGGUCAGAGGGUAGAAGUGAGAAGAUCAUCAACGACGACAAUGACUCGGUCAGCUCCCUCAUCCCAGCUUAUCUCAACUCCCUGAAGAAACUCAUGAUAGACUAG